AUGUCUUCUCACAAGACUCUCGGAAUCAAGCAAUUCCUGGCCAAGAAACAAAAGCAAAAUCGUCCUAUUCCUCAGUGGAUUAGGAUGAAAGCUGGUAACACAAUCGGAUACAACUCUAAGAGGAGACACUGGAGGAGAAGGAAGCUGGGUCUGUAAGGAUUCAUACAAUGGCGAGACUGAGGGUUUAUACUCAUUGUGGUCGU